AUGCCUGGUUUAGCACACAGGAAUGAGCAUUACUCUUGUGGGUUCAAAGACGUUGAUGGAGUCAGCUACAAUCAACUUCACAAGUUCUGGAGUGAGCUAUCUCCGGAAGCUAGACAUGAGCUUCUCAGGAUUGAUAGGCAGGCUCUUCUUGAGCUAGCUCGUAAGAACAUGUGCUGUUCUAAAUGCAUUGGCCUGCUUCUUGAAGGCUUCUUGCAUAUUGUUUCACAUGGGAAGUCAAUGCAACAAAAAGAAGAUCUCCCAUGCAACAAAUCAGGAGCUUCAAAACAUGAUAGUAGUCACAGAUGUAGCUGUGAGUUGCAAGACCCUUCUGUUCAUCGAUGGGGAGGUCUCACAGCAACACACGAUGGAUCACUUACACUUCUUGAUUGCUAUUUGUUUGAAAAAUCUUUCAAAGGACUUCAAACUGUGUUUGAAAGUGCCAGAGCUCGAGAGAGGGAACGUGAGUUGCUAUAUCCUCAUGCUUGUGGAAGUCAAAGAAUGGUUGGUUAUGGUAAAGGCCAUGGAACAAGAGAUACAUGUGACAUACAUACCACAAGGCUCUCUUGUGAUACAUUAGUAGGUUUUUGUUCUGCACUUGACAAAGAAAGUAGACAAUCAGUUUUGAGGAUGAAAGAAGAGGAUUUCAUUGAAAGACUAACUAACAGAUUCAAACGCAAGAAGUUUUGUAAAGACUGCAGAAGAAACGUUAUUAGAGAGUUUAAAGAGCUAAAGGAACUUAAACGAAUGCAGAAAGAGCCACAAUGUACAGACUGGUUUUGUGUUGCUGACACAGCCAUUCAAUAUGAGGUGGACAAUGAUUCUGUCAGAGCAGAUUGGAGUCAAUAUUUUAAAGAGAAUGAUGGAUACCAGUACAUCGAGUGGGGUAUUGGAACUGAAGAAGGCGAAACCGAUAUUCUCAAGUACCAAUAUGUAGGCAAUGAUGGGAGCGGUCAAGUUAGUGGCCUAGACCUUCGUGGAUUACGUGAAUGCUACAUCACUGUCAGGGCUUUUAAAGACAGUGGCUGCUGCUCUGAGGUAUCAGUUAAAGCACAUGCGUUGAGAGGCCAACAAUGCGUUCACUCCUGGCUUGUGGUUGGAGAUGGUUUUGUUUCGGUUAAAAGAGGGGAAUGUAUUAGAAUGCUUUUUGAUCAUGCUGAAGAGGUGGAGGAAGAAGAGGAUGAAGUCAUGGUUGACAAAGAUGGGAAUGAGGUUGCUGGUGAGCGUCCACAAAAGCAUGCUAAGACUCCAGAACUAGCUCGAGAGUUUCUUUUAAAUGCUGCAUCUGUUAUUUUCAAGGAGCAGGUUGAGAAAGCAUGUAGGGAAAGUACAGCACGUGAAAAUGCACAGAGUGUAUUUGUAUGCCUUUCAUGUAAGCUAUUAGAGCAACGUGUUCACAUUGCCUGCAAGGAGAUUGUCACCUUGGAUAAGCAGAAACAACUUCUUGAGGAAGAAGAGAAAGAAAAGGAGCAGAAAGGAAGGAAAAGAACUAAAGAAAGGGAGAAAAAACUUCGUAGAAAGGAGAGGUUGAAGGAAAAAGAGCAGAAAAAUCCAAUGUUUAGUAAUAAACCAGUGCUGCUGCCAGUUUUGUCAAGGGAGGAAGAAGUGUUCUUGAAUCUUGAUGAGGAAAUGAACACUAGUGUAAGCUGCGAGGAGUCAGUAAAUGAAACUGGAGAUCUAGAUCUGUCUCCACCAGGUUCUCCUGUAGAAAAACAUGAAGAAGAGGAGAGAAAAAGAAGGAAGAGAACAAAAGAAAGGGAGAAAAAAAUUCGUAGAAAAGAGAGGUUGAAGGAAAAAGAUCAGAAGAAUCCAAAGCUUAGUGAUAAACCAAUGCUGCCAGUUUUGUCAAGGGAAGAAGAAGUGUUCCUGAAUCUUGAUGAGGAAGUGAACACUAGUGUAAGCUGCGAGGAGUCAGCACUUGGUUCUCCUGAUGAUCAAGAUGGAGAUUGUUUGGAUGGUUGCACUUCUCCAAGAGCGCAAACACAAACACACUAUUGUGAUAGCAACACUGUUAGAGAGGUUAUAAUAGAUCAAGAAGAUGGAAACGGCUGCUUUACAACAAAGGAAGGCAAGAAGAUGGAAGAUGACAUGUACUUGAAAGAUCCUAUGAUGAGUAGAACCUCAAGUUCAGAUAGCUGCUCUUCAUGUAUUACUGAAGGAGAUAGCAACGGAAACGCUGAAAUCCUCUCGAUGUCUGAUUCAGAAGAUGCCGGUCUGCAUUCUGAAGGAAGAGAUAAUCUAAUCUUGAUGGCAGAGAAAGAAACAGAGAAGAAGAGUAUUGAUGAAAGAGACCUUAUAAGGAUUAAGAAUAUAUCUAAUCUUCCAGCUGAUACUGGUUCUUGCCUAUCCCAGCCACAAAGCAGCAUGAUGUUUCCUAAAGUGCCAGCUCCUGGUUACUACCAUCAAGAUCCAGUCUCUUGGUCUGCAGGUCCAACCAACAGACUAAUGCCACUCCCUCCUCCUCAUCCUAACCCUUAUGUUACAUACAAAGGUCCUCUUGGAUACGGUUUGAAUGGAGAGUCCCCGUAUGGGACCCCAUUGAACCCUUCAGCAACCCCUUUCUUCAACUCCAGGCCAGCUCCAGUUUCUCAUCCGUCAGUUGAAAACAACACAAUGAACACUGUGGACCAAGGUCACACUCUUGAGCCAUUAGAAGCAGCAGAUGAAAGGAGAGACAUGGAAACUCCAAGCAGCAGAGGUUCUCAAACUGAUAGUGACGAAGGCUUCUCCUUGUUCCACUUUGGUGGGCCGGUUGCUAUGUCUACAGGAUGUAAGUCGAGUCAUGCUCAUUCCAAAGAUGGGAUUUGGGGGGACUUCUCCUUGCACUUCUCAGGAGAUCAUGUUUUUGGUGAUCUCCUCACAGGCAACUGUAAGAAGCCGAAAGAGAGCUGCACAGUAGGUGAAGAGUACAACUUGUUUGCGAAAAGUAACACCUUGAGGUUUUCUAUCUUCUAA